AGCCUUUAAGUAGAGAUGGUGGGCAUCAAAAAGAGAGACCCAACAAAGACAAUCUCGGUUUGGUCCUUGAUUUGGGGUGGCGGGUCUGACCCGAACCGAAUAAGAUCUCAACCCUUUUUGGAGAUCCAGAAUUGGGGAGGUAUUCACAUGGCACCUACUGUUCCAAUAGAUUACAUUGGGCAGAGAGAAUCGAAAAAGUUCUUUAAAACGGAUUCAGUUGAUAUGAUGGGAAAAUCGCGCAAGGUUUUUAAAGGUUACAUGUCUGGGAUUGUGCCUGAUUUUCGUAAUAAUGCUGUUGAGACAAUGGCGGAAUCGGAGGGUUUUGGGAGCUCAGGACGGGUUGAUACUGAAAGGACUGCUUCAGAGGACUCUUGUGCACCUAAAAGGAAAUCAGUUUCUUUCAAUGCUGAUGGUUAUGAUCGAUUUGGCGUACCUAUUCAAGUAAUGUCGUUAUCCAAGAUGUCACACUCCGAGAGAAAAGGGUUGGGAAUUAGGUUGAGGAAUGAACUUGAACUAGUGAGGGUACUCCAGAAGAAAAUUGCAUCUGUCGGCUCUGGUAAUGGGGUUCUUUCACCUGCUAGCGAUAUUCAAAAUUGCACCAAUGGGCAGAGGAGGUCAGGGCCAGAGAUAUCUCAGCGGUAUAUGGCUGAAGCAGUGGUGCCUUCUGGGAAGAAAAAGGCUCCGUCAGGAAGAAAUGGACCUCUUACUAAAGGACCUGGAGCUAAGCGGCCUAAGCCAAUGCAACAGGUUGUCCCCUCAGAUACAAACAUUGUCAUGUUGAUGAAACAGUGCGAGACAUUGCUAAACAGAAUGAUGACACAUCAGCAUGGUUGGGUCUUCAAUAGUCCAGUUGAUGUCGUAAAGUUAAAAAUCCCCGACUACUUCACUGUUAUUAAGCAACCAAUGGACCUAGGGACUAUCAGAUCAAAGUUACAUUCGGGAGAAUAUUUGAGCCCCAUGCAGUUUGCUUCCGAUGUGAGGCUCACUUUUAAAAAUGCAAUGACAUACAAUCCGCCAGGAAAUGAUGUUCAUAUCAUGGCUCAAACACUUAGUAAAUUUUUUGAGGUUAGAUGGAAACCAAUAGAAAAGAAGAUUCCUGUUAUUAUAGAGGAAUCUUUACCUUCUAAAUCUAGUGUUAUCAUAGAAACUGAAACUCAUACUCCUUUAGCAAUGCCGCCUUCAAAGAAGAAGAAAAUUGCUCCACUGGAGAACAAGGUUAAACCAGAACCCGUAAAGCGAAUCAUGAGUGAUGUUGAAAAACAUAAACUCACUGCCGAGCUUGAAUCUUUACUGUCUGAAUUACCUGAACAUAUAGUUGAUUUCCUGAAAGAAAAAAGUUCCAAUGGAAGUCAAGUCAAUGAAGAUGAGAUCGAGAUUGAUCUUGAUGUUCUUUCUGACGAUGUCUUGUACGAGCUACGGAAGCUUUUGGAUGACUAUCUACUGGAAAAACAGAAAAAUCAGGCAAAAGGUGAACCUUGUGAGAUGGAGCUUCACAAUGAGUCUGGAUUCAGUAACUCAUCCAUGCAACCCGGCAAAGGAAAUGAUCCGGCAGAUGAGGAGGUGGAUAUCGGUGGGAACGAUCCACCUGUUUCAAGCUUCCCACCUGUGGAGAUUGAGAAGGAUAGAGCUCGCAGGAGCAAUAAAUGCAGUAGUUCAAGUAGUUCGAGUAGUGAUUCUGGCUCUUCAUCUAGUGGUACCGACUCCGGUAGCUCAUCUGGUGGUGAAUCAGACGCUGGUAAAGAUUCAGUUGCCUUAACUGUUCAGAAGGCAACAGCAGCUUCUGGGGGGAGAUUGGAGCAGGAAGAUGAGCUUGAUCCUCCAGAGACUAGAGAUUCCUUGGCUGGCCCAACAGUGAUGACUUCUCAGCAAAAGUCCGUUUCUGGUGAGCCCGAUGAUCAUCGAGAGGAGGAGAGUGCUGAACCUGAGAGGCAAGUCUCUCCUGAGAAGCUUUACCGUGCAGCUCUGUUAAGAGGUCGCUUUGCGGAUAUCAUACUAAAAGCUCAGGAGAAGAGCAUCGAAAAGGGUGAAGUGCAUGACCCUGAAAAGCUAAAGCUUGAGAGAGAGGAAUUUGAAAGGCGAAGGCGAGAAGAGAAAGCUCGUUUACAAGCUGAAGCUAAGGCUGCUGAAGAGGCUCGUAGAAGAGCCGAGGCAGAAGCUGCUGCAGAAGCCAAAAGGAAACGGGAACUUGAAAGAGAAGCUGCCCGUCAGGCACUCCAGAAGAUGGAGAAGACUGUUGAAAUCAAUGAGAACAGUCGAUUUAUGGAAGAUCUGGAAUUGUUUAGAGCUGGUCCAGAUGAACAGUUAGAGAGCUUCAUUGAGGAGACAAGUCCUGGUCAAUCUGAGAAUGUUCUUGGGAGUUUCAAAUUUAAGGCAAGUAGUAACCCGUUAGAGCAACUCGGAUUAUAUAUGAAGGAAGAAGAUGAGGAGGACGAAGAAGAAAUUGAACCACAUAGCAACCCUGACAUAUCGAAUGAUCCGGAGGAAGGAGAGAUUGAUUGACGUCUCUUUAGUACUUUGGCCAAUCGACAAGUUGGGAUUUUCUUCUGAAUCCUUGCAUAGUUCCUUAAUAUAACUCUCAUUUUGUCGUCCCAGGGUCCACAUGAGUGAAGUCAUAACCUUUAUAUGACUUUGGGUCUCCUAAGCUGAUGCAAGGGUCUUUCUGAACUUGGUUAAGAGGGGACUCGGUUGACAGGUCUGGCCAGCAUUGCCAGCCAUCUUAUAUUUAUAUUCCAGAUUCUUUUGCUUGUGUAUAAGCUGCUGGUUAUCUGUCCAGUGGAAGCACGUAGGGAGUGGCUAGGCGCUAGUUGGAAACAGUUUUGUUACUUAGUUUAGCAUUAGAUUGCUGCCGUGUUGUAGUAAAAGAAAAAAUGUUGCUAAAAAGGUAAGUUUGCUUUUCCGUCCAAAA